AUGUCGCUCUUGUUCAAUACCCUGCCGGAAACGGCCCGGGUGUCCCCCACGCCCUUCAAGGUCUCCAUCCACAAGAGCCGGCUGACCGAGCUGGAGACGCUCAUCAGGCUAUCCAAGUUGGCCCCGCACACCUUCGAGAACUCGCAGACUGAUGGCCGCUAUGGUGUCACCACCGAAUGGCUGGUUGGUAUGCGGGAUCAGUGGCUACAAUCCUAUAGAUGGAAAUCAUCCGAGGACCGCAUCAACAGCUUUCCCCAGUGGAAAAUCGAAGUCGAAGAUCUGUCGAUUCAUUUCGUAGGUCUCUUCUCGCGGAAGAAGGAUGCGAUCCCGAUUCUAUUGAUCCACGGAUGGCCUGGGAGCUUCCUGGAGUUCCUCCCUAUUCUGGACAAUUUCAGGCAGGAAUAUACACCUGAAACCCUGCCUUACCACUUAAUUGUCCCGUCGCUUCCCGGAUAUACGUUCUCUUCUGGUCCUCCGCUUGAUAAGGAUUUCAACACGUGGGACAUUGCCCGCGUCCUCGACCAGCUGAUGAAGGACAUCGGAUUCGGAAAUGGCUAUGUUGUCCAAGGUGGUGAUAUCGGAAGUCACGUAGCCAGAUGUCUCGCUGUGGAUCAUGAAAGCUGCAAAGCCGUACAUCUCAAUGUUUGUUUCAUGCGACGACCAGAAGGAGUAACCGAUGACAAUUUGAAUGCUUUCGAACUACAAGGCAUCGAAAGACUGGAAAAGUUCCAGGCACUGGGGUCCGGCAGCCCCAUGGCACUGUUAGCAUGGAUUGGUGAAAAGUACCUGCAAUGGGUCGAUGAGCCCUUGUCUCAGGACUAUAUCCUUGAAUCAGUUACUUUGUAUUGGCUUACAGCUACAAUUGCUCGGUCGAUCUAUACAUAUCGCCAGAAUUACCCACCACCAUCCGUUCCCGCUGCAAAUGAUCCUCGGUGGUACAUCCAGAAACCUUUUGGAUUUUCUUCUUUCCCCAUGGAAUUAGCACCCCUACCUCGAUCAUGGGUGGCGACUACUGGAAACCUCGUCUACUGGGGACAGCAUCAGAAGGGUGGCCAUUUCGCAGCACUCGAAGAGCCCGAAGCGCUUAAGACUGAUCUUACAGAAUUUGUGCAGAGGGUCUGGCCGGAUGUGCAGUUCCCCACAUUUGAGGCUCCCAUCGAUGCCGCUGAUCUAACCUCCAACUACACAAGGCCGGAACUACUCACAUCGCUUGAAGGCACGAUGUGCUCAGCUGCUACAGACCCCAUGGAUAUCGAUACAGUCUUCUCCGACGAAUCUAGCUUUUACGGCGACGAGGAAGAAAAGGCAAGCUUGGAAAAACAAGCAGCUACCUUCGACCCAGAACCAUACUGGUCAAAAUUCCACCCUAAGCUUCUAUCAACGCUUCAGCAUGAGCUCCGCGCACCGACUUCGCCCGCAAAAUCAGAGCCGCGGGCAUCUGUACAUGCAAACGAGGACGUCUCAGAUUCAACUCUCCGGAAGAACCAACGCGGGCGCAAAGAACCUAUAUCCCACUUUCUCUCACGUCUCCCGCCUUCUAAAACAUUGGCUUCAGACGUCGGCCCCUGGAUCUGGAUGUUUGGCCCAGACUCCAAGGCCCAACUGGACCAAGACGUCCCUUCGUUCGUGAGGAAGGGUAGUGGCCUGCUACAUGCCUAUGAGAACGAGAGCACGGAACUCCGCGCAGCCCAUGAGAGAUCCGGCGCGAAGACUACGGCUCCUCUGACCCGUAAACUGAGUCAGCUUCGUCGCGCGCUGGAACGGAAUAUUCUGGACUCUGCACGGGAAUGUGGUGUGACGUACGGGAAGUGGAUGCUAUUCCCCAACGUACGGAAUGUGGAUUCGAUUUGGAAAACGGUUGUUACUGCGCUGGAUAAAGGGAAGCUGGGGAAUGAGGCAAAGGUUGCUACAGAUGAUGGGUCGGGACAGACGCGGCUGAUCUGCAUCUAUACGAAAAACUUUGGAGACAAGGAGGACGUGAAGCGCGUGUUGAAGAUGAUGGUCGAGGUGGGACUGGUGCAAGAGGAGGCUAAGCCGAUAUAUUACAAGUGUGAUGCCUACACGCAUCUGGAUAUCAAGUCGAAGAACGACUACGGUCUCAAAGCCAGUAUGUUUUCGAGUCGUGAUGUGCUUACUGGGAAGGUUUGA